AUGACGACUAUUAAAAAAGACGAAGAACAUGAUUUUAUAUUUAAAAUAGUAUUAAUAGGUGAUUCAAAUGUUGGAAAGUCAAAUUUAUUAUCAAGAUUUACAAAGGAUUAAUUUUUUUAGGAUUAAAAAACCACCAUAGGUGUCGAAUUCGCCACACGUUCAAUUAUAACAGACAAUAAAUUAAUAAAAGCACAAAUAUGGGACACUGCUGGAUAAGAAAGAUACAAAUCAAUAACUACAGCAUAUUAUCGAGGGGCUGUAGGAGCCUUAUUAAUAUACGAUAUAACAAAAUAUCUUUCUUUUACAAAUAUUUAAAAAUGGUUAAAUGAAAUAAGAGAUCAUGCAGAACCACAUAUAGUCAUAAUGUUGGUAGGUAAUAAAUCCGAUUUGAAACACCUUCGAUAAGUAAAAUAAGAAGAGGCGACCCUUUUUGCAGAAAAUAAUAAUAUAGCCUUUAUAGAGGCAUCCGCUUUGGAUUCAAGUAAUGUCGAGUUAUCUUUUUAUAGACUUAUUACAGGUUUUAUUUUUUUAAAUUAUUUUUUUUUUUAUUAUUUUUUUUUAGAAAUUUAUUAACUUUUAAAUAAAAGAUCUAUUGUUAAUGAAAGUAUUAAUGAUAGUUUUUAUAAAAAUAAUGAUAAAAUUAAAAAUUUAAACAAUUCUUCUUUUUACAAAUAAAAUUAAAAAUAAAAUAUUAAUAAUAAUACUUAAAAUAAAUAAAACGAAAGUUGUUGUAGUAUAUGA